AUUUGAAGAUAUUCUGACGAAGGAAAUACCACCCUGGAUCAUAACCCCAUUUGAUGAAACGGAAGAGGCGAAUGUGGUAUUACAAGAGGAGCUACUUGAGCUCAGCACCAACGAAGAACUGAAGGUGAAAUUUAAAAACGGCUAUCAAACAUUUUGGCUGCAGGCAGAAGUCCCCGAAAAAUAUCCUGGGCUGUGGGAAAUUGCGAGAAAAUCCUUGAUAGCGUUUCCCUCGUCAUAUCUUGUCGAAAGAAGUUUUAGUGCCGUUAAAAAACUUGUUAACAAAAAAAGACUUUUGAGAUUACUUCUUACAAAACUGAAGUCAAAUAUUGAAUAUUUGCUGUCAAUUCAUCAAGUACAUAGUCUCAUUAAAGGUAUGACUAUUUUUGAUUGUUGA